AUGCCUUUGUCACCUCAAUCAGCAGAGUCUUUACCAAGCUCAGGGCGUCAAUCAUUUGGCGUCAAUUCUGUGUCUGAAUUUUUGGCUCAGUUUCCUGUUCCACAAGGCCUCCCAUCAAAAUCAUGGCAAGACUUACCAGUUACCUUUCUUCAUGAUAACGAAAUUGCUUUGAUUGACCCAGAAAUGUCCAUGGAAGAGGCAAGUUCAAUUCUCAUUGAUCGUGAACUCAGUGCACUUCCCAUUCUUGCCGCUAAGGGAAGUAACGAAAUCGUUACUACGUUUGACUAUGCGGAUUUAAAUGCUUUUUUGCUAAUGGUUGUGGGUUUUGAUGACUUCAAUGAUGAUAGAUACAAAGAACUUACUGAGAAGGUUCGUGCUGGAAAUGUGGUUACCGCGUACGAGGUUUCUCUCCUUGGAAAAAACAAAGACGUAUUUAUGACUAUUCCACACACAACUACUCUUGGAGAGUUGGCAAAGACUUUAGCUAGCGGUAUUCGUCGUGUUGCUGUCACAAAUGAAAAUGGCGAUCUAAGUUUCAUGGCAUCUCAAAGAUCGAUCAUCCGUUUCCUUUGGAAUAAUAUUCGUGCAUUCCCAGACUUAGAGCCCCUUAUGGCUAGAACGAUUCAUUCCUUGGAUAUCGGUAGUUGUGAUAUUACUUGCAUCUCAGGGGAUGAAAAAGUUGCCCUUGCAUUACGCCAAAUGAACCAAACAGGUAUCGGUUCGCUUGCUGUUGUGGAUUCUCAGUUCCGCUUACUAGGAAAUAUAUCUUUGGUCGACGUCAAGUAUGUUACACGGUCUUCCUCUGUAUACCUCCUCAAUAAAUCAUGUGCCCAUUUCUUGAGUGUUAUUAAAAGUGAACAAGGCAUCCGUGCCGGCAAAGACAGUGCUCCUGCUUUUAAUAUUUACGAAUCAUCCACUUUUGCCUUCACAUUGGCUAAAUUAGUUGCUACACAAUGCCAUCGUUUGUGGCUUGUACAAUCACCUUCUUGUCCUCCCUCCCCUAAAAACAAUUCUCAUUUCACUAGCUCUAGUGGAGGUGUGAAGGUGAACCAGCUACUUGGGGUUGUUAGUUUAACAGACAUCAUUUCCGUGUUGUAUGCGCAUAUGAAAGGUACCUUGAUUCCUCCUCCAGCUUCUACUCAUCGACACGGACGUCGUGGCAGUACAAGCAGUCAUCGAAGCCAUAGUAAGGCAAGUGGUGAUAUCAAUAUGCGUCGGUGA